AGGUUUUUCCCUAGGAAGGAACACACAAAAACCUUUCGCUUGGGUAUUCUUCCUCUCUAUUAAUAUAGUCUUUUCUUCUGCUCAUUUCUUUCUUCAAGAAAAUGAAGAGCCAAUUGGGAAGUUGCCUCAAGUUUCUUGAAACUUCAAAACCCUAUUUUGCCAUGAUUUCUUUACAAUUUGGCUACGCAGGAAUGAACAUUAUUACUAAAGUUUCUCUUAAUCGUGGCAUGAGCCACUACGUUCUUGUGGUUUAUCGCCAUGCAAUUGCCACCGCAGUCAUUGCUCCUUUCGCUUUCAUUUUCGAGAGGAGAGCACAACCAAGAAUUACCUUCCCUAUCUUCUUGCAAUUAUUUGUCCUCGGUCUUCUUGGACCUGUGAUAGACCAAAACUUCUACUACGCUGGGCUGAAAUUUACAUCACCAACUUUCUCCUGUGCAAUGAGCAACAUGCUUCCUGCCAUGACAUUUGUUAUGGCAGUAAUAUUCAGGAUGGAGAAACUGGACUUGAAGAAAGUAAGGUGCCAAGCAAAGCUAAUAGGGACAGCGGUGACAGUAGCAGGAGCUAUGUUGAUGACUUUAUACAAAGGUCCAAUUAUAGAAAUGGUUUGGUCAAAACAUGCUCAUUCUGGUAAAUCCGAUACAACAGAAACUACUGGAACUAACGAUAAGGACUGGUUUAAGGGUUCUAUUCUUCUGAUCAUCGCGACUCUUGCAUGGGCUUCCUUGUUUGUUUUACAAACCAAAGCAUUGAAGACGUACAAGAAUCACCAGCUUUCUCUAACAUCACUUGUGUGCUUUAUUGGAACCAUUCAAGCUAUAGCUGUUACCUUUGUAAUGGAACACAAGGCAUCUGUUUGGAGAAUUGGCUGGGACAUGAACCUUCUUGCUGCCGCCUAUGCUGGGAUUGUGACAUCAAGCAUUUCUUACUAUGUCCAAGGAUUAGUGAUAAAGAAAAAGGGUCCAGUUUUUGCUACUGCUUUUAGCCCUUUGAUGAUGAUCAUUGUAGCCAUCAUGGGUUCUUUUAUCUUGGCAGAACAGAUCUUUCUUGGAAGUAUUGUUGGUUCAGUACUGAUAGUUAUAGGGCUUUACUCAGUACUAUGGGGAAAGCAUAAGGAGAAGAUGGAGUCAGUUUCAGACGAAGAUAUACCUGAUCCUGUAAAGGGUGUUCAAGGAAAUGGUAAUUCAAUUGAAGACAUUGAAGCUAAUGAAAUUGAUUUACAAAAAGCAGAAGCUAACAAGAACAAUAACUUCUCUUCAAUGGCCAUUAACAUCCCUAUGCCUAUGACCAUGCAAGAGCUUAAAGCAAGUCAAGAACCAAAAGCUUAAUCAAAGAAUAGGCUUUUUUUUUUUUUUUUUUUUUUUA